ACUGGCCGUUGGGAGAGACAAGCGUUGCCUUAGCAACGAGCUCGGAAGAGUUAGGGCUACUGGCGAUCAGCAGGUUUCAUUUAAGCAUUAAUUGAAAGGCAAAUAAAAUAAAAUUGAAUAAUUAAAAAGAACAGAUUCACGAUGGAAACAUCGAGCAAUCCGUCUGUGUUUCUUCUGACGGUGAACGGACAGAUCGAAGGAGCGAACUUUCCAGACUAUGACAGUUUGUAUUGCAAAUAUUGCUACGUCUACGGCCAUGACUGGGCUCCCACCACAGGUUUGGAGGAAGGCAUCACACAGAUAACCUCAAAGAGCACCCAGUCUCACAGGCUAAUAUGGAACUUUCCUUUGGAGAUAACAUUCAAGAGCACAAAUCCUUCUGGAUGGCCUCAGCUUGUGGUGAGCGUGUACGGGCCCGAUGUGUUUGGCAACGACGUCGUGCGGGGUUACGGCGCAACGCACAUCCCCUUCACGCCUGGACAACACACGAGAACCAUCCCCAUGUUUGUUCCCGAGCCCACCUGGAGACUUCAGAAGUUCACAGGCUGGUUGUUGGGACGGCGACCCGAGUACACCGACCCGAAAGUGGUGGCACAGGGGGAAGGCCGAGAAGUGACGAGGGUUCGAUCCCAAGGCUUUGUUACCGUCUCCUUUCACAUAAUGACCAAAGACAUGAAGAAGAUGGGCUACGACACGGGACCGUCGAGCCCGUCCGCCGUCCAGUCAGAGGCGCAGUCGUACGUGAAAUGACGUGAAAUGCUAACCCCGGGCUCGCCACGUUGUCAUUUCUCAUCACCACGGAGCUCCCAGUAUCAGGAGAGAACGUACGUCUGUUUGGUUCUCAGACAAUCAGCCCAACUUGUGGCCUUUAGAGCGAAAUCUGUGAAGGCCUCCGACUCUGCCGGCGUUGCAUUCUUCGCCCCAUCCUACGCCGCAGGAGGCCGAGACUGUGAAAGGGUGGAGCUGUCGCCGUGUUGGCUCCAGAGAAGUGUGGAGAAAGGUUCCUGAUGUCAAGGCAACAUGCAGGACAUUUUAAUUGGCAGCAGAGUGGUAGUUGUACUUUCACACGUGUGGCGAGGUUUGUAGGCACCCCUGGUGUCAGUGUGUUGAAAAUGUGCCGCACAAAUCCAUCUUUUAUUGCAGCAACAUGAUCUCUGCUGAAAAUGUCACCAGUACAUUUAUUCACUGGGUAAAUAUAUAUAAACAUGGUGCAAGGUCUAAAAAAACGUCUCUAAAUUUAGUCAUCCAAGUCUUAUUUUUUUUUUACCAUUUAAAGCAGAAAAUUAAUUUAAAUGUUCGUUUUUUUGUGGAAUGCUUUGCCUACAUUCAUCCGAUGUUAAAUACUGAUGAAUUUGGGUGUCUAGUUGUGAGGUUCUGUUAUUUACUAAUGGUUACUAACUAAUGACUAAUGGUUGUCUCACCAUGAUAACAUCUUGUCAUGUUUAAUAAAUUACAAUAUUUUUUGUAAAGUUCA